AUGGCGGACUGGAGUAGCGAUAGUGAUGAUGCUUGGGAAAGCGAUCGUGACGCUGAGCCCUUAUCGGCGCUUGCCUUGAGUAACCCCGAUAACACCCUGGAUGCGAAUGGGUGGGUAUAUGGGGAAGUGCCAUCUUCUUUUUUAAUUGAGGAAUUUGUGGGAAAGGGUUUCCCAAAGGAAAUGGUCUUGAAAGCCAUCAAAGUGAUUGGAAACAAUGAUGCAAAUGCAUUGCACGAGCUACUUCUCACAUACAAGGCACUAGGUGAUUACCCAUUGUUGGGUAACUGCUCUACUUCUGGCUGCACCCCUUACAAUAUUGAAGACGACCGUGCUGGUGUGAGGGAAGACAACUCUUAUGAUUCUAUUGCCGAGGACUGGAGUAGCGAUAGCUAUGACUCUUGGGAAAGCGAAUGUGAGGCUGAUCCCUUGUCGGUGCUGGCGUUGAGUAACCUCGAUACUCCUGGCAUGUACAUGCUGGAUGCUAAUGGGUGGAUCCAUGCGGAAGCACCAUCUUCUUCUUUAGUCGAGGAAUAUGUGGGAAAGGGUUUUCCAAAGGAAAUGGUUUUGAAAGCCAUCAAAGUGAUUGGAAACAAUGAUGAAAAUGCAUUGCGCCAGCUACUUCUCACAUCCAAGGCACUAGGUGAUUACCCAUUGCUGGGUAACUACUCUACUUCUGGCUGCACCCCACACAGUAUUGAAGAUGAAGAUAAUCUUGAUUUGGAUAACUGGGAUGACGACGACGAUCACGCUUGUGUGAGAGAAGCCAACUCUGAUGGUUCUAUUGCCGAGGAUUUCAAACAAGAGUUGUUACAGAAGGACAAGAAUAUCAAGUCCUUAGUGAACGUGGGCUUUCAUGAAGAUGAAGCCAAUAUGAUUAUCACUAGAUGUGGUGUGGGUGUGUCCUUUUUUCUAUUAGUUGAUGAUUCCAGUAACUUUUCUCACCAUGAGGUUACAAAUAUGUCCUUCAAUUCCUCUGGAGGGAAAAUGAAAGAAAGAUUCAAGGAAGAGAGCAAGAAAAAGAGGAAGCGUUGUGGAGAUCGAGAACAAGGAAGUAAACCCCCAGUGGUUAGUAGCCACGACGAGCCAGUGACUCUUCCAAAUCCAAUGGUUGGUUUUAACUUGCCUAAUGGCAUAGUACGGUCAGUUAACAGAAGACUUCCUAAACAAGCUAUUGGACCACCUUUCUUCUACUACGAGAAUGUGGCUCUAGCCCGUAAAGGUGUAUGGGGAACUAUUUCGAAAACCUUGUAUGGUGUUAGGCCAGAGUUUGUGGACUCCAAGUACCUAUGUGCUGCUGCCAGGAAAAGAGGUUACAUCCAUAAUCUCCCAACUAAGAAUAGGGCACCUCUCCAUCCAGCCCCUCCAAAGACUAUAUUUGAGGCCUUUCCUCAAUGUAACGCUUGGUGGCCUUCCUGGGACAAGAGAAGGAAGCUCAACUGCUUGACAACAUGUGUCCAAGGCCCAAAGAUGGCAGCACAGAUCGAACGUGUUCUUGCACGCGCUGACAAUCCACCAUCUGCUAUGGUUAAAAAAUAUAUUAUGGACAGGUGCAGGAGAUAUAAUCUUGUGUGGGUUGGCAAAAACAAGGUUAUUCAUUUGGAUGCUGAUGAGAUGGAAAAACUACUUGGUUUCCCAAAUGGCCACACAAGGGGAGUUGGCAUAAAGGCAAGGUACAAAUCUCUCGGCAACUCAUUCCAAGUUGAUACAGUUGCUUACCAUCUGUCAGUUCUGAGGGACAUGUUUCCUGAUGGUAUUAAGAUAUUAUCCUUAUUCACCGGUAUUGGAGGGGCAGAGGUAGCUCUACAUAGGCUUGGAAUCCACAUGAGAAUAGUGGUUUCUGUUGAGAUAUCCAAAUUGAACAGAAGGAUUUUCAGAUGGUGGUGGAAGGAGACACAAACGGGCCAGCUGAUUGAGAUUAAAGACGUGCAGAGUCUCACCGAUGAUAUAGUUGAGUCACUGACUAGAAAAUUUGGCGGAUUUGACCUAGUGAUUGGGGGCAGCCCAUGCAACAAUCUUGCUGGUAAAAACCGGUUCGACCGUACUGGUUUAGAUGGCAAGCAGUCUAGUCUAUUCUACCACUACAGCAGAAUUUUGGAUGCCGUCAAGUCAGUUAUGGCGAGGAUGUAG